CCCGCGGAGGAUCGGGACUACUAUCCCAGCAUCCUGCGCGGCGCGGGGAAGGAAGCCCGGGAAUGGGAGAAAGAGGCUCUGGGGGAUAGCGGGCCAGGGAGGGCCGUUGCUCCUAUGAAGCUGUUUUCUCUUUACGCGGUGGCGUCGGCGCUCACUCAGGGUCAGGUCCGGGUAGCGCGAGGCGGUGCAGGGCGUGAACGGGAGUCGUGGCUGCAGCGGCGGCAGGGACAGCGGCAGCGGUGGUGCUGUCAGCGCGGCCGUCGGAGAAAUGGGAGAUCCGGGGUCGGAGAUAAUAGAAUCUGCCCCUCCAGCUGGCCCUGAGGCAUCUGAGUCAAAAACGGAUGAAACUGAGGACGACAUUCAGUUUGUCAGUGAAGGACUGUCGAGACCCGUUCUUGAAUACAUUGAUCUGGCCUGUGGUGAUGAUGAAAAGCCUACCACCUAUCAUAGUGAUAUGGAGUCUCGCUGUGUCUCCCAGGCUGGAGUGCAGUGGUGUGAUCUCAGCUCCUGCAGCCUCCACCUCCUGAUAUUGAAGUGAUUCUGCUGCCUCAGCCUCCUGAGUAGCUGGGACUACAGAUUCUGUUUCCUAAAAUGCCAAACGACAGGGUGAUUUUUUGCAUUUUUUAAAAGUGAAGAAGGUGAAAACAGACACAGAAAAUAAUGAAGUGGGGAAAAAUCAUUGCGGAUUGUCUAAGGCAAAGGAACUACAUUUCCAGUAUAUUGAACAGCCAUUCAUUGAAGAAAAACCAUCAUGUUCAUCAAAGGAAGAAAUAGAUAAUCUUGUGCUUCCAGAUUGUUGGAAUGAAAAACAAGCAUUUAUGUUUACAGAACAGUACAAAUGGCUUGAAAUAAAAGAAGUUUAUACAUGAAUAUGAGCAAAUUUUUAAAUUUAAAAUGAAGGCAUACUGAAAAAGAAUCAAGUGGAGAUGCAGAACCUAGUACAACAACUGGAACAGUAAACAAACAGACUCAAAGAAGGGGAGCUCACUGAGCACUGCAGGUGCUGGGUUAGGACAGCGUCUUUGCUGCUUUUGGAGAGUCGUGUUUCCGGGCAUCGAGGAUACUCAGCAAGAACUGAAAAUACUUAAACCAAUCAAUGUCCGAGUUACCACCAUGGAUGCAGAGCUGGAGUUUGCAAUCCAGCCAAAUACAACUGGAAAACAGCUUUCUGAUCAGGUGGUGAAGACUAUAGGUCUCUGGGAAGUGUGAUACUUUGGCCUCCAGUAUGUGGAUAAUAAAGGAUUUCCUACCUGGCUGAAGCUGGAUAAGAAGGUGUCUGCCCAGGAGGUCAGGAAGGAGAAUCCCCUCCAGUUCAAGUUCCAGGCCAAGUUCUACCCUGAAGAUGUGGCUGAGGAGCUCAUCCAGGACAUCACCCAGAAACUUUUCUUCCUCCAAGUGAAGGAAGGGAUCCUUAGUGACGAGAUCUACUGCCCUCCUGAGACUGCCGUGCUCCUGGGGUCCUAUGCUGUGCAGGCCAAGUUUGGGGACUACAACAAAGAUUUGCACAAGUCUGGGUACCUCAGCUAUGAGCGGCUGAUCCCUCAAAGAGUCAUGGACCAGCACAAACUUACCAGGGACCAGUGGGAAGACCGGAUCCAGGUGUGGCAUGCGGAACACUGUGGGAUGCUCAAAGAUAACGCUAUGUUGGAAUACCUGAAGAUUGCUCAGGACCUGGAAAUGUGUGGAAUCAACUAUUUUGAGAUAAAAAACAAGAAAGGAACAGACAUUUGGCUUGGAGUUGAUGCCCUUGGACUGAAUAUUUAUGAAAAAGAUGAUAAGUUAACUCCAAAGAUUGGCUUCCCUUGGAGUGAAAUCAGGAACAUCUCUUUCAAUGACAAAAAGUUCAUUAAACCCAUAGACAAGAAGGCACCUGACUUUGUGUUUUAUGCCCCCUGCCUGAGAAUUAACAAGUGGAUCCUGCAGCUCUGCAUGGGCAACCAUGAUCUGUACAUGCGCCACAGGAAGCCCGACACCAUCGAGGUGCAGCAGAUGAAGGCCCAGGCCCGGGAGGAGAAGCAUCAGAAGCAGCUGGAAUGGCAACAGCUGGAAACAGAGAAGAAAAGGAGAGAAACGGAGAGAGAGAAAGAGCAGAUGCUGCGUGAGAAGGAGGAGCUGAUGCUGUGGCUGCAGGACUAUGAGAAGACCAAGAAGGCAGAGAGAGAGCUCUCAGAACAGAUUCAGAGGGCCCUGCAGCUGGAGGAGGAGAGGAAGCGGGCACAGGAGGAGGCCGAGCACCUAGAGGCUGACCGCAUGGCUGCACUGCGAGCUAAGGAGCUGGAGAGUCAGACGGUGGAUCAGAUAAAGAGCCAGGAGCAGCUGGCUGCGGAGCUUGCGGAGUACACUGCCAAGAUUGCCCUCCUGGAAGAGGCGCAGAGGUGCAAGGAGGAUGAGGUUGAAGAGUGGCAGCACAGGGCCAAAGAAGCCCAGGAUGACCUGGUGAGGACCAAGGAGGAGCUGUACCUGGUGAUGAUGGCACCCCUGCCCCCACCCCCCGUGUACGAGCCAGUGAGCUACCAUGUCCAGGAGAGCUUGCAGGAUGAGGGUGUGGAGCCCAUGGGCUACAGCACAGAGCUGUCUGGUGAGGGCAUCCGGGAUGACCGCAACAAGGAGAAGCGUAUUACCGAAGCGGAGAAGAAUGAGCGUGUGCAGCGGCAGCUGCUGACGCUGAGCAGCGAGCUGUCCCAGGCCCCAGAUGAGAAUAAGAGGACCCACAAUGACAUCAUCCACAAUGAGAACAUGAGGCAAGGCCGGGACAAGUACAAGACGCUGCGGCAGAUCCGGCGGGGCAACACCAAGCAGCGCAUUGACGAGUUCGAGGCCAUGUAGUGGCCAGGCCAGGACCGUGGGCAGAGGGGCGCUCACAGUUGGCGCUGCUGUCAACGCUGCCAGCCUCGUCAUGCUUGUGUCUUUAGUACUCCCAAGUCUAGGAACUCCCUCAUCAGAUCCCAGUUCCUGUAAAAAGCAUUACCCAACAGAACCAUUCUGGGCUGGGAACCAGGGAGGCACCCUGGUUGGUUUUCCCCAGUUGUAUCAUAGUGCCAAGCAGGCCUGAUUCUUGAGAUUAUUUUCAAAUCACCUCCUGUGUUGUGCUGAGAGCAGGACUGAUUGAAUUACGGAAAAUGCCUGUAAAGUCUGAGUAAGAAACUUUAUGCUGGCCUGUGUGACACAAGAUUCUGUAUCACUAAAGGAAACUGCGGCGUGGCUUCCAUCUGUGCCAUACUUCCUCUGCAUUUGAAACUAGCUCAAAUUGGUUUUUGAUUUUAAUUUCUGUGAAGGAUCCAUCUUUGUAUAUUUACAUGCUUUGAGCGUUGAAAAUUAUUUCAGAAAUGAGACAAGCACUCGCACACACAACGAUUCCCUCCUCCUGUCACUCCAUGCAGCUGGCAGAAAUCACAGUGGUCAUCAGCAUGAGCAGCAGAGGAGGACACCUGGAUAAAUUUUUAGUUUUGUUGGUUUUUUGCUUAACAGUUAGAAAACUACAUUGUUGUACUUAUACACCUGAUUGAUCAGCUAUAUAGUAUUUAUGUACAAGUGAUAAUACAGAUUUGUAACAUUAGUUUUAAAAAGGGAAAGUUUUGUUCUGUAUAUUUUGUUACCUUUUACAGAAUAAGAAUUACAUAUGGAAAACCCUCUAACCAUGGCAUUUGAUGUGAUGUGGCAGGGCAGUCGUGAGUCACCUGCCUGCUGCAGUCACUUGUAAACAGGAUUUUUAUUGUUAGUGUUUUAUGCAUGUAACAGACUAUGCACACUUUUAAUUUUGUCAGAUAUACACAUGCCACUGUGACCAUUUAGACUCCAGCCAUGAGACUGUUCGCUCAUGCGUGUCUGUUUCCAUCUCUGCCAUGGCCUUGGCAGGCUGCAGGGAAGCAGCUUUGGAAGGUCGUUCCUUCUGCCCACUCUUCAUUCCUUCUUGUGCACUGCUUUCUCCUUUGCAGUUAAGACGCCAUGAACAGGUGGAUUCCAUGCUGCAGGCAUGAAAUAAAAGCUUUGCAAAGGCAAAUAAAUAAAUAAAUAAAUUUUCCCAGUAAAAGUAUUUUUAAAAUCACAUGAGAUAAAUGUAAAAUAAUUUAACAUUUUUGUAUGCUGGAAUCCUCUAUAUAGAUUCUUUUCCUUCCUUCCUUCCUUCCUUCCUUCCUUCCUUCCUUCCUUCCUUCCUUCCUUCCUUUCUCUUUCUUUCUUUCUUUCUUUCUUUUCUUUUCUUUCUUUUUCUUUCUUUCUUUCUUCUUUCUUUUUUUUUUUUUUAAUUGGAGUCUCACUCUGUUGCCCAGGCUGGAGUGCAGUGGCAUGAUCUCUGCUCAUUGCAACCUCUUUCUCCACAUUCAAGCAGUUAUUCUGUCUCAGCCUCCUGAGUAACUUGGAUUACAGGUGCGCUCUACUGCACUUGGUUAAUUUUUGUAUUUUUAGUUGAGACAGGAUUUCACCACGUUGGUCAGGCUGGUCUCAAACUCCGAACCUGAAGUGAUCCGCCUGCCUCAGCCUCCCAAAGUGCUGGGAUUAUAGGCGUGAGCCACCCCUAUAUGCAGAUUAUGUUAUUUCUAAGUAAUAAUAGCUAUUAUUAACAAUUUUUAUUUUUAAGCAAAACCCCCUAGUCCCAAAAUAACUUACAAAUAUUUCAAAUACUAUAAUACAAUACUAUGAAUUGGCCCUUUUUUUAAAAUUGCUUUUUAAGAUACUAUAUGUACCUGAAAAAAAAGCAUCUUGAGUUCUAAAUAUAGCGUUGGAUUUUGUGGGAGAAUCUGUAACUUUGGCGGUGAGCAUCCAGAGACAUGCACUAUGUAAGACAUCAGUAACAUUGCUGGGCUCUCCGAAGGGAGCAACAGGCUUGCUGAAGAAGCUGAUAUAGAUAACAAUGAUGCAUCAAACCCGAGAAUUUCUACCAGUCAAUUAAGCAUGCAUAGUGGUUUAUUUGAGGAUAUGUAUUUCCCCAUUCUAAAAUAUAUAGUUGGUAUAUGAGAAAAAUGUGUUAUAUUCCUACCUCAAACCAAUUCUAGAAAAGAUUAAAGAUGGAAUAAAGAGGAAAAAUUGAAGUCAUAAAAUAAAAAUAAACUAAUGAUUAUUUUUGUGUUCUCUGAAUGGGAAGAAUAUUUUCAAUCCAAAGGUAGUGAAGCCAGAGUGCUCCAACAGACCUUAGCCAAUGCAUGAAUUCUGCCUGUGAACAUUUUAUUAAGAAUUUUACUCUGUGGUAGAUGUAUGGUCAGCAUUUUCAUCUGUUCUAUAACAACGUUUUUCUUGUGAAUGUUUUUCAUGCAUUUGUCAAUUUUGCAGCUUUCUCACAAUUUUUCUUAUAAAAUAUUUAUAUUGAUCCUGUGCUGUAGCAUUUCUUGAACAUAUAUUUUAGUGGCAUGCAGUUUUCUGGGCCAGCAGUUUGCAAAUGGAUUCCUGGAUGGUGGGAGGCCCCGGAGUUUUCUUCCAGGAUUUAUAAAUGUUCCAAAGGCCUUCUCUUUAUUGUCAUAGAGACCACUGAUUCUGACAGGUGUGGCUUUUCUGGGAAAUUUUUUUGUGUGUGUCCCUGCUCUCUCUGGUUCUUUGAUCUGAGAUGAAUCUGGAAGAGUGUCUGUCACAAGCCCUGCACUCCCCAGGCCCUUCAGCACCUGCAGCUUCAUGUGAGCCUUUCACCUCAGGGAGUAUGUUUUUGCUGGACCUUUCUGAGAUGUACUGCUAAGAGCCCUCUGUUCUCUGUGCUUUUCUUUCUGCAUUCCAACCUCGUGACUUCUGGUGAAGCUCAGCUUCUGCAGCUCUGUGCUCACUCAGUUGUUAGGUUUUUGGAUUGAAGAUUUUGCAUUUCUCGAUAAUAGAAUCUGCCCCUCCAGCUGGCCCUGAGGCAUCUGAGUCAAAAACGGAUGAAACUGAGGACGACAUUCAGUUUGUCAGUGAAGGACCAUUACGACCUGUUCUUGAAUACAUUGAUCUAGUCAGCAGUGAUGAUGAAGAGCCUAGCACCUCUCAUACAGAUAUGCAGCAUUUCUGUCUAUAUUGUGGAGGAUGGAUAUUAAACAUAUUUUUAUAAGAAGAAUGUUAAACGUAAAGACCAUAUUGAUCAUCAGAAGGAUAAAGUUGCUUUAACUCUGGCUCGUCUAGCCCGCCAUGUUGAAGUGGAGAAACAGCAGAAAGAAGAGAAGAAUAGAGCAUUCAGAG